AGCUUGGCACAAAAAUAAUAUUUUGAAAAUUCUGUCGUUAAGUUAAAGAGACGAGAAAAAAAAACACAGAGGAGAAGCUAGUCGGCGACUGUCAAAAGCCUUGCUCUAUGCGAACGCGAUCCCGUUUCUUGAUUUGGAGAAAGCAAACAGCGUCUCAUUCAAGAUUUCUAAUUUCUCUCGCCACUGUUACCCCUUUUCUUGUACAAUAUAUAUAUAUAGUCUCCAUAACCAUCAUAGCCAAUCACAGCACCAGCCAGCCAUUGAUCUACCAUUGCCAACUCUAAAGUUCGAAUCAACAGAGAGAAGAGGAUCUAGGUUGAGAGCUUAACAAAAUGAAGGCACUCAUUCUUGUUGGAGGAUUUGGGACUCGUUUGAGGCCUUUAACCCUCAGUGUACCGAAGCCGCUGGUUGAUUUUGCUAACAAACCCAUGAUACUGCAUCAGAUUGAAGCUCUCAAAGCAAUUGGAGUCACUGAAGUGGUCUUGGCAAUUAACUACCAGCCAGAGGUUAUGCUGAAUUUCUUGAAAGAAUACGAGAAAAGGCUUGAAAUUAAGAUCACCUGCUCACAAGAGACUGAGCCACUUGGCACAGCAGGUCCUUUAGCCCUAGCUAGAGAUAAGCUCAUUGACGAUUCUGGUGCACCCUUUUUUGUCCUCAACAGUGAUGUUAUAAGUGAGUAUCCGUUAAAACAAAUGAUUGAAUUUCACAAAGGCCAUGGAGGGGAGGCUUCCAUUAUGGUAACCAAGGUGGAUGAACCAUCAAAGUAUGGUGUGGUGCUGAUGGAAGAAACUAGCGGGAAGGUUGAGAAAUUUGUUGAGAAACCAAAAAUAUUUGUAGGUAACAAGAUCAAUGCUGGAAUCUACUUGUUGAACCCCUCUGUUCUUGAUCGGAUUGAACUGAGGCCCACCUCAAUAGAGAAAGAAGUCUUCCCAAAGAUUGCAGCAGAGAAUAAGCUGUUUGCCAUGGUCCUACCUGGGUUCUGGAUGGACAUUGGACAGCCAAAAGACUACGUUACAGGUCUGAGACUAUACCUGGAUUCUUUGCGGAAAAUGUCCUCUCCAAAACUGGCCACUGGACCAAACAUUGUUGGAAAUGUUCUCGUUGAUGAGAGUGCAGUAAUUGGAGAAGGAUGUCUAAUCGGACCAGAUGUAGCAAUCGGCCCAGGUUGCAUAAUAGACUCGGGAGUUAGGCUUUCCCGCUGCACUGUAAUGCGGGGAGUGCGAAUCAAGAAGCAUGCAUGCAUCUCUAGUAGUAUCAUUGGAUGGCAUUCCACUGUGGGGAGAUGGGCUCGCAUAGAGAACAUGACAAUCUUAGGAGAAGAUGUUCAUGUUGGCGAUGAAGUUUACAGUAAUGGGGGUGUUGUCCUGCCUCAUAAGGAAAUAAAGUCUAGCAUUUUGAAGCCAGAAAUUGUCAUGUGAGCUUUGAGGUUUUUCUCCUUGUCUGUCCAUAGUCAUUCGUAUUAACUGAUAAACUGCUCACUCUGAAUGAGGAAAAAUGUUAUUGUAGAAACUCAAACAAUUGUCUUGAACCCAACAACACCCCCACCCCCCAAUUGCUGCUCUUUAUUUAUUUUUCCUUUGUUUGGUUGAUCGUAUUCAACAGUGAGCGAUUUUCCUGUGAUGAAUUUGUAUCAGAUGUUUGCUAUAAAUAACAAAAUGGAAGCAUUUUUGCGUUUACAA